GGAGCGACGAAGAGAAGAGGAGCAGAGCUGGAGGAACGCCUCCAAACAGCUCUCCUCUUAUUAUAAACCUCUUCGCAUCCGCAUACAGUCAGACCCACAGCGAGUCUCACCGGUGUAGUCUAUUUAUUUGCGAGAGAGCGGCUGUUUUUUGUGACCUACUGCUCGGAAAUAACCGAAGGAGUCUCCAUCCACUCCACGGGCGCAAAGGCUUGCAUCGUGGCUCUUUCACAAGUGGCAUGCUCGAGCGACCCUUCGGGUACAACUGAACUCUUGCUUUCACCCAAAGAGGAUUCAAUGAAAAUGUCAGUGUGCGUCCAUGAAAACCGAAAAUCCAGAGCCAGCACCGGCUCCAUGAACAUAUACCUUUUUCACAAAUCCUCCUAUGCUGACAGUGUCCUCAUGCACCUCAACUCUCUACGGCAACAGAGGCUUUUUACAGAUGUCCUCCUUCAUGCAGGCAGCCGCUCCUUCCCCUGCCAUCGCGCCGUGCUGGCUGCAUGCAGCCGAUACUUUGAGGCCAUGUUUAGUGGCGGUCUGAGGGAGAGCCAAGCCAGUGAGGUUGACUUUCGAGACUCGAUCCAUCCGGAGGUUUUAGAGCUGCUGCUUGAUUAUGCGUACUCGUCGCGGGUGGUCAUCAACGAGGAGAAUGCAGAGUCACUACUGGAGGCUGGGGACAUGUUGGAGUUUCAGGACAUCCGCGAUGCCUGCGCCGAAUUCCUGGAGAGAAACCUUCAUCCAUCCAACUGUCUUGGCAUGCUGUUGCUGUCUGAUGCCCACCAGUGUAUGAAGCUGUCUGAGCUCUCCUGGGGCAUGUGUCUAAGCAACUUCCCUGCCAUUUGCAAGACAGAGGACUUUCUCCAAUUGCCCAAAGAUAUGGUAGUGCAGCUUUUGUCACAUGAGGAGCUAGAGACAGAAGAUGAGAGACUGGUUUAUGAAGCUGCCCUUAACUGGAUCAACUAUGACUUAGAGAAGAGGCACUGUUACCUCCCAGAGCUUCUUAGAACAGUCCGUCUCGCCUUACUUCCCGCCAUCUUUUUAAUGGAGAAUGUUUCAACAGAAGAGCUGAUUAAUGCUCAGGCCAAAAGCAAGGAACUGGUAGAUGAAGCAAUUCGUUGUAAGCUGAAGAUCCUCCAGAAUGAUGGCGUUGUCAACAGCCCAUGUGCUCGACCAAGAAAAACCAGUCAUGCUCUGUUUCUUCUUGGCGGGCAGACAUUCAUGUGUGAUAAAUUGUACCUGGUAGACCAGAAAGCCAAAGAGAUAAUCCCGAAAGCUGACAUCCCCAGUCCAAGGAAGGAGUUCAGUGCCUGUGCCAUUGGCUGCAAGGUGUACAUCACAGGUGGGAGGGGAUCAGAGAACGGAGUUUCCAAAGACGUGUGGGUCUAUGACACUGUACAUGAAGAAUGGUCUAAAGCGGCACCCAUGCUCAUCGCCAGGUUUGGCCACGGCUCUGCAGAACUCAAACACUGCCUAUAUGUUGUUGGAGGACACACCGCGGCAACGGGCUGUCUCCCGGCCUCUCCAUCUGUGUCACUCAAACAAGUGGAACAGUUUGACCCGCUGGCAAACAAGUGGACCAUGGUGGCGCCUCUCAGAGAGGGUGUGAGCAAUGCGGCAGUGGUCAGCGUGAAGCUCAAGCUGUUUGCCUUUGGAGGAACCAGCGUCACCCAUGACAAACUGCCCAAGGUGCAGUGCUACGAUCCCCAGGAGAACCGAUGGACUGUGCCGGCAUCCUGCCCGCAGCCGUGGCGUUACACGGCCGCUGCCGUGCUGGGGAACCAAAUAUUUGUCAUGGGCGGGGAUACUGAAUUCUCAGCCUGCUCGGCUUACAAGUUCAGCAGUGAGAACUACCAGUGGACUAAAGUUGGGGAUGUGACUGCCAAGCGGAUGAGCUGCCAGGCCGUGGCAUCAGGAAACAAACUCUACGUGGUGGGCGGGUACUUUGGUACGCAGCGGUGUAAAACACUGGACUGCUAUGACCCCACACUUGAUGCAUGGAACAGCAUCACAACUGUUCCAUACUCACUCAUUCCUACCGCCUUCGUCAGCACCUGGAAGCAUCUGCCAGCUUGAAUCCUGAACUGUUGACACCUCCUGUACCCUCUCCAUAAGAUUUCCCUUGUUUCACAUCAUCUGCCGGUCUCGUAACCGUGAAGAAGCGCACAUUCUCUUCAUCCACAAAGAGACGCAAAGCAGCGAUGUACAGAUGCCCCACAUUCAUCUUGGUGUUGCAAAAAAAAAGCAAACAACAAAAAAAAAAGACGCAGGAGUGGAGACCCAAUCAGCCGGACAGUUGUUAAGGAAGGUGGACGGUUUCCUCAAAGACACCGAACUGACUGACGCUUGUUCCACGAGGUACAGACUCUGACCCUGUGUGCACAUUGUGCUUUCAUGCUGCCAUAGGAGAGCUGCCAACAUAUGAUGAAAACCUGCUUUCUUCAUACAUAGUCAUGACAUGCUUGUGAUGAUGUUUUCGCUAUGAAUAAAAGAGCAUGACAGAUGCUGAUUAAAGGGGAAGCAGUGGCAGGGGUGAAAAAGAACAAAAUCAAUGGAUUUUGACUGAAUAUCUGACUUGUAUAAGAAAAAAUGAAGGAGCAAAUCUUCCACUUUUUUGAUUGUUUUAUUGUUUUCAAACUGUUAGAAGCUUUUUAAGUUGUGUUUCAAACCUAGAAAAAAACGUUUGAGCAUUUCUCCCAUAAAGACUUCCCUGUCGCUGCCACUCAGGAGGUGUUCAGAAGUGACAUCAGCUGAGAUCGAGGACGAUCAAUGGGAUUUGUGCGGGCCUCGAACUCACAGGCUUGCGUGUUCAGUGUUUGGCAUUUGGCACCAUUGCGUUGACGCCCAUGUUUGGAUUCUGCAGCUCAGAAGGAAUGCUGUACUCCUAAUGCUGUAAAAGAGCGGCUGUGUUUCUGUUCUCCUGAUAAAACCGCCAGCUCGCUUGCUGAGUCAUCGCUGAAACCCUUUUUAGAGCAUGUUCACUCAUAGUGAUUCAGUGGAAACUGGCAUGUAGUCUUCAAAAAUACUGUCACCUUAACAAAAGCUAAACAAUUUUUUUUUAUCUGUUUCUUCUUAAACUUGCUGCAGUGUAGUCUUAAUUUAUAUGGUACUGGUAACUAUGUCAUGUUAAUAUGUUUAAUCCUAUUUAUUUCUUCUCUGCCUGCAUUCGGAUGUGAAUGUAUGUUUGGGUUAUGUCAUGCAUGGCCUAGUGUUGUGUUUUAUUUGUCUCAGUGAGCUGCCUUUUGCACAGUUCUGUCUUUGCCAGGAGAAACUUGCUCGCAAAGGCUCAUUUAGUUUCACUGUUUACUUCUUUUCAAGUGGCUUGGAACGGAUGAAAGACUUAAUUUACAGAUUAAAUAAAGUAGUUCAUAGUAAGAUUUAUGGGCCUUUAGUAGGCUUGGGCUGGAUACUGGGAUCAACUCCCAAAUCAAAGUAGUUUUUGUUGUAAAACUGCCAAAAUUUCCCAUUUGUCACUUCCUUUGUUUUAUAGUAAUUUUAAAGAAAUACCAAUAUAUGGCAGGACCUGUAGUGUUGCUGCAUACUGCAGGUCAGCCUGAUUAAAAAACCUAAUACCCCCAACCCCCCAACUGCAGACUGCAGGCUAGCUGCCUGUGCUUCGGUACAAUCUACAUUUUUCAACAAGCCUAUCAGAAGUUUCAUAUUAAUAAAUUAAACUUAUAGAUAACAUCCUUAUAAUCUAUAAUAUUCCUUAUAGCAUCCUUAUAAUGUUACAGUGUUACAAUGUUUUAGCAGCAUUUGGUAAUUGUUGCUAUUCCUUUUUAAAUCAAAGCAACUGGACCAUCUGAUUCGUUUUUGAAAUUACUUGUGAAUAGAAUCUCGUACCAGCCCAAGCCCAGAUCUUACAACUAUAAGACUAAAUACCAUUUAAAAAUAUGCCCAAAAUAUUAUUAUUAUUAAUAAAGAAAAUCCAAAAGAAAAGAUAGGAUGGCACAGUAUGUGACCCAUUAACCACCCAGCACAUCCCAGUCUGACCGCAACACAUUUAAGAAUUUGACCGUGUUUGCAGCUGUCCCAAACAGCAGUAGCUGUGUGACACAUGCCAACUUGGCUCCCUGAGAGUUAACCCUUAGUCAGGUUAGUUUGGCACAGAAUGCUGUGUAAUGUUAAGGGCAUACACCGCAGUGCUUUUCACCAUAAAAACACAUUAAAUAAAGCAAGUUUCUACAAACCAAAAAAAGCAUAAAAAGUAUAUGUUGCAACAUCUUCUUAGUGUUUUUGUCUGUCUAGGUGAGCUGACCAUGUUGCAAGGUUCUGUCUUUGUCGAAUUGAUAUAUUUUGUUACAGAUCUUCUUCCUUUAUGAUUCCUCAUUCACAUCCAGUGUAAAUCAGCCCCCUGUAAACUGCCGCUCAGCCCUCCUUCAGCCAUUCAGAAAAUUCCUCCUAUUGUGAAUUUGAAGACUUGUGUGAAGACCAUUGUGGCUCUAUAACGUUGACCACAUCCAACCACUGAACUAAGAGACUCCAGCCCAACCAAUCAGACAAGGGAAUUUCUUUCCCCACGGCACACAAGUUUCCCUGGCAACAGCGAGCAAUGAAUGCCCCUUCAAUUUGCACCUAAUUGCUGAGCGGCAUUACCCCGUUUCUCCUCCAGCCAUCAUUCUCAUCGCCUUGAGCACGGUACUUUCACAUAAUGACGUAAAUGAGACAGAAGAUUCUGUCAGUGUGCAUCUGUUUUCUUUUAUUCGAUCAUGUAAAAGUUUGAUUUCUAUUUUUAUGGCAUUUUUUUUGUACAUGUGAUUCUUUUUUUCACAAUGUGAAAUUCAUGGCUAAUAAACAUAAGAGUUUUUUCCUCUUGACUGUAACGUUCUA